AUGGCAUCCUCAAUUGAAGGCGCUAUUGCCGAAUGGAUGGAAGAAGAGAAUAACUACAACCGCACAUCAAACACAUGCAUCAAGAAUCGAAUUUGCAGUAGGUACAAGGCGAUUGUUCAACCCGAAACUACGCACGUUGGGUGCGAACAAACUCCAUGUAACAGGACAAAUUGUUUGCCUAACAUUAUGUUUGCCUGUUACUACUCACAAGUGUAA